CCACAGCCGGGGACGGUCCUCCCAGCGUGUGCUCUCUGAUCCACUAAAUGAAAGAACAUGCCCUGGCACCUCUCAGGAUCUCUCCCAUCUCAACCUUAUUGCCACUAACUUGCUUCUCAAGGAACCAUGGUGAGCAGGGAGGCCAGCAAAUGCAUGCUUACAAACUCGGAGUCAGACUCGGAGGCAGCGCCACCGCUGGCCCUGGAGGGGAAAUACACCCUGGAUCCAAGCAGACAGGUGCGGAAGAGGAACAAGGCCCUGCAGGUGCGAUUCAAGGACAUCUGCGAGGCGCAGAACGAGCAGAGGGAGGCUGCCCGGCAGGCAGGGGGGAAGGGAGGCAAGCCGGUCUCCUACAAAGUGGCGUACCGCAAGUACAUGACGGUGCCCGCCCGCCGCUCCAUCCCCAACGUCACGCGGAGCACGGGCGUGCAGACGUCCCCGGACCUUAAAACACGCUACCAGACCUUCCCAUUCGAGCGCAAGAAGGGGCACACCUUCAAACACGCGGCGGCUGUGGAAACGUUCAAGGGUCAGAACAACGGGUUCGUGAUGGAUGUGAAGGAGACUAAGGACACCGAGAGCCCGGGGGCGCCCUCCCAUUUCGCAGGGAAGGUCAGCUAUCAGACACGGGCACUGUUCCAUGCCAACGACUGCUCCGACACCUUGGAGGAACUCUCCGGAGCUAACUGUUCGGACGCAGCGGCGGCCUGCUUGGACUCCUCCUUGGUCGCCUAUUCCAAGGACGCGCAGUGCUUUCCUAACGCUAUGGACGCCGGCGCGGACGCAGACUACAAGAUCUGCAGCGUGAAAAGCAAACACCAAAAAGGAUUACAUCAAGCGGAGGCAGAGCCCGACCUGGCGGCCGAACGGCAGCUUCUGAGCUUUGAGGAGACCUCCUCUGCCAGACCCCUGCAGGACACGGGUUCGAAGGUCACGGGCCCCAUCGCCUGGAACUCUCUGACACAGGUGGAAUGCCUGGAGAGCCCAUCCGCGCGCAGCAAGCGCAAGAAGGGCCUGCAGCUGAACGGGCUGCAGAUGCAGCCGCACACCCUGCCGCGCGCCGGCUGCCCCUCGCAGGCGCAGUGCCACUCCAGGCCACCGGGGGCGAUAGAGGAGCAGGCCUGCCCCGGGGGCGGGGGCGUGGGCGUGGGCGGGGCGAGCGAGCCCUGCCAGCAGAUCGUGGCUGUAACUCAGGACGGGGAUCUCAAAGCACAGCUUCAGGUGAUGGAGAACCUGAUCAGCUCCAGUCAGGAGACCAUCAAAGUGCUGCUGGGGGUGAUCCAGGAGUUGGAGAAGGGAGAGGCCCAGAGAGAGGGGCUCUCCUAUCGAACGGGACAAGACACAGCCAACUGCGACACGUGUCGAAACAGCGCAUGCAUUAUUUACAGCGUGGAGCUGGACUUCAAGCAGCAGGAGGAUAAGUUGCAGCCGCUAAUGAAGCGGCUGUGCCCCACUGAGGACCUCCCCUUUCCAUCUCUGCCUUACCCCCAGGAGGCCUUCACCUCUACCCCCAAACGCAAAUCCAAAACAGAGUCCAAGAAGCACGCCCGCUGGAAACUCUGGUUUCUAUAA